AUGCCUCCCACUCAAUCAGAAAGUGUGAUAAAGAAUAUUAUUCGAGAGAUAGAACAAGAAUGUGCAUCCUAUGGAGAGGUGGCUUCUGACACGCUGAUUGCUUUUAUGGUGAAAGCUGUUGUCCUUGAUCCAAGUAAUGGCUUUAACAUGGAUAGAACCCUCAUAAAAAGUGAUGUGGAGAAACUUGUUAAGCUUUGUGUGAAUCGGCUAUUGGACAGUAAAAAUCCAUCCCUCGACACCAUUAAGAUGCAAGUCUACUUUGAUAUGAAUUAUACAAAUCGAGAGGAAUUUAUUGAAGAACAUCACCGGAUCCUGGAGUCUAAAUUAGACUUUGUUACCAGAGAAAUUACAGAUAACAGAGCAUGUGCUCAAAAAGAAUUGGAAAGUCUCUACCGAAAGAUUGUCAGCUAUGUUUUACUGCGCACUGGGGUUGGAUCUCCUACAGAUAUCAAGAUUGUCAGAGAGGCAACAGCUGCCCUACAGAGUGUUUUUCCUCAGGCUGAACUUGGGACAUUUCUAUCUCUUUCUAAGAAGGACAAAGAACUCCAGCUGAAAGAACUCUCCAUGAUUGUUACUGGAAUUCGUUUAUUUAACCGAGAGACCGGAAAGGGAGGAGAAGGCAUUGAGUUCUUGCCAGAUAUUCUGCAUGAAGCAAUCCCAGCCACAGCUCAGCAUAUUGACUCCCAACUUCAGAUUGCUCAAGAUCAGGCAUACCGCUACACGGCCAUCCUUGAGAAAGUCACAAACAACCCACUCCUGAGUGUAGAAUUGAAGCCAUAUAUGUUAAAAGAAUUACUCUAUAAUGUACGACAGUAUGAAAUCUUCCUUAAGAUCAUUUUGUCAGAAAUAAUUACUUGUGCUCAAGAAGUGAAAUUGAUGACAAAGCAGUUAGGAGCACUACUUGAACAAUUAAAAAUGAAUGUAAGCUCCAAGACCGCUAUCCCAACAUCACAAGUCUUUCCCAUCUUCAUUGCACUUUCCCAUCUGUGGAUUGGCUUUCAGGAUGAAACUGUUUUGAUUGGUAUUCUCUCUAAUUUAACUACAAACCUUGAGCGAUUUCUGGGCACCCAUGAAAUACUGUUUCCUGAAGAAGCAAUACAAGAUCUUCUUCGUGAAGUGACUGUGAAAACUGAUAUGUAUCGUUUGAAAGAACACAUGGAAGAAAGAGUACAUCUGGUGGAUUUCAGAAAACAAGAAUGGCUUUUCCCAGAAACAACAGCCAAUUUUGAUAAAUUGUUAAUUCAGUAUCGGGGAUUUUGUGGUUAUACACUUGCUACAACAGAUGGUCUUCUCCUUCCAGGAAAUCCAGCAAUUGGAAUUUUGAAACAUAAAGAAAAGUAUUAUACUUUCAAUAGCAGAAGUGCUGCAUAUUCAUUUGCAGAAAACCCUGAACAUUAUAUUAAUUUAAUCACAGAAAAGGCCAAAAAAAAUGCAGAAUUAAUUCAGCUGCUGGAACUUCAUCAACAGUUUGAAACCCUCAUUCCAUGUUCUGAGAUAAAAGUUAUUACCAAACAUAUAAAACCAAUUACAAAGAGUGAAACUGGCACACAGACGGAUACACACAUAUUGCCACCAACAAUUGUGAGAUCAUAUGACUGGAAUGAAUGGGAAUUAAGAAGAAAAGCUAUAAAAUUGGCCAAUUUGCGUCAGAAAGUAACUCAUUCGGUACAGACUGAUCUUAGUCACAUGAGAAGAGAAAAUUAUUCGCAAGUGUAUCCGACAAGGAACGCUGCCACGCAGUCCAUGAGGGAAGGCAGCACUGCCGUGCCCCGGCCUCAGAUUUACAUAGCUGGUCUCCGCGGUGGGCAGACCAAAACCACAUACGGGGUCAAGGUGAACCUCACUAGAGCUGUUGAUGAAACCUAG